CGAACGCCCAGUGCGCACUCUGGCAUUCCAGAUUGUGUUGUGUUGUUACACAAUAGUAUGGUGGUAAUAACAAGUUUAUCCAUCCAAAACUUUUCAAUAAUUGACCACUUGUCUUUUGAACUCACCUGUUGUACGGACUAGUAGGGUGGUAAUAACACAAGUUUAUCAGUCAUGUCCUCAUAAGAGACUGUUUGGUUCACAUUUCACUCAUCAUUUGGCAUUUUCACAUAUGACUGUCUACUCAACUAAAUUGUAAAAUGUAAAACAAGGUAAUUUUCUAAUUGUUAUUAUAAUUAUAUCUCUCCAUUACCGUCUAUAGCUUGACCAACGAGACAGUUGCUUUAUUAAUGUACUACCAUCUGGUUUAGACAGGACCUUUCCAGAAGUUGAGCGUGGGGCAGGUAUGUUAGGUCAUUUCACAGGUCCAAUGGCAGCCGUGGUGAAGUCCGAGCCGCUUGAGAGCGAUAUUUAUCCAGAAAUGGAACACUGUCACUCAUUCUCCUUCAGUUGCCCAACUCAUAAAAUAACCAAAGAGGAAAUCACCUGCACCAAACCUGGAACAAUAUGGAGAGCUCUUGAAACUAAUGACACAUUCAAGGAGUUAAACCAAAUGGACAGGAAGACACCGAAAGGGAAAGACAUUGUCAUCAAGAGUUGUAAGGGGUACAUAGUGAAGCACUUUCCAUGUUGGCUGAUCAAAGAGGAUGACCGUCUCACUAUUGAGAUAGUCACACAUGCCACAGAUGAACCUGCAGGGGUCACGGAUCAGGAAACAGACGAUUAUGUCACUUUCUCUGUUGAGACAACGGGAGGGAAAAACAGUAAAUCAAAACAAAUACUUGGAAACAAACAACUGGAGUCCUACGGACCUCUAUGUGUCUAUGCAAAACAGAAGGACGAAGUGAAGAAGGCUCUACGAAAUGAUGGACGCUUCUCAAACAUUGUGUUUGAACAGAAAUGCCAGCUCUCUGAUCGAUCAACAGGAAGCAUGGUUUCAAUGGGGCAAAUUGCAAUAAAACUUAAUGGUAGAAACUUUGAAAUGUGUCUGACAAAACAGAAGGAGAAAAUGGCAAAUAAGAUGGAAACAUCUGAAUCCACAAUAAAAACUAAAAACAUUAUAACCACGCACACAUCUCUGUUCAACCCAAGCCCUGACUCUGAAGGAGACGGCACACAGAUGCCUCCAUCGACGCUAACAACUGAAACAUCAGAUGUAGGGGAGUCCUCUUCGAGAAGAAAGCAGAAACGAAAAUGCAUUCCCGUGCCAAAACAUGGUGAAAUAUUGACGAUCCUUCGCAACCAGUUUGAUGAUCUGGUGAAGCAGAUGGAAAGUAGGAGGGAAUACAGCCAACAGAAGAUAUUUCCUGAAGAGUUGGAUCUCAUUAAGCAGGAAUUCGGGAAAAUCAGACAAAAGUUCUCUGAGGUUCACAGAGUGAAGAAAUUGAUUGAACUUGGUGCCUCCGUUUGUCAGGUGAUUGUUGAAGGUGUUCAGGGUGUUCAGGGGACAGGCUUCGUGCUGUUUGACAACUACAUCCUAACAAAUGCACAUUUGUUUGGUGAAAAUGUAAGAGAAAACUUACAGUUGUUAGUCGAUGUAUCUGUGAAGUUCAACUAUGAAAAUCCAAAUGGAGCCGAUGUGAACGUAUUCAGAGCAAAAACCCUGCUGAUCGACUUUCAAUAUGGACAUCAGGGAAAACAUUAUAUCGACUAUGCCAUACUGGAGAUUGUUCCUCAGAAUAAGAAGCAACAGAAAAAGGUUCCUCCUGGUCUCCUCCGUGAAUAUGGCCCAGUCCCAGCAUGCGGUGGGGCCUGCCUCAUUGGACACCCAGGUGGACUGGUGAAACAAAUGGAGCCCACCUCCAUCAUUGGCAGUGAGAUAAGAGAGGAGGCGGCGAAUAAAUAUAAACGGGAAAAGGGACAUGCAAUCUUCACAAUAAACGACGCCCUUGAAAAACAGAAAAAGCGCUACGAGGAAGUGAUGCAGGAGAACAAGGACGACUUUGUGACCUACAACACCUCCUUCUUCCAUGGAUCUUCUGGCUCGCCAGUCUUCGAUGAGCUUGGUCGAGUGUUUGGCAUACAUACUGGUGGCUUUGAAUAUGAGGAUAAGCGCACGCAGAGCAAACAGAGUGUGUUAGAGUACGCCCUCCCUCUGCUCACCAUAUUACGGAACUUUGUCAUCCGUUUGGAGGAGGACAACAAUCAGGCAGUUUUGAAAAGAGUUAAGGAAGAGGCACAGAAAAACCUCUUCCUGUUUGAUGCUCUUUUCAAGACUAAUGGUGAUGAGCCUAUGGAUAUGUCGUAGGAGAUUGUUGCAAAUACAGAUAAUUCAAUGCCACCCAGUGGUUGUCCUGGGAACAACACAACAAUGCCACCCAGUGGUUGUCCUGGGAACAACACAACAAUGCCACCCAGUGGUUGUCCUGGGAACAACACAACAAUGCCACCCAGUGGCUGUCCUGGGAACAACACAACAAUGCCACCCAGUGGUUGUCCUGGGAACAACACAACAAUGCCACCCAGUGGUUGUCCUGGGAACAACACAACAAUGCCACCCAGUGGUUGUCUUGGGAACAACACAACAAUGUCUAUUAAGAAUUCAGAGGGAGGCUGCAAAUACUGUAAUAGUCAGUAUUCAUGUUAAACCAUUCCACUAGUGCCUUUCAGGGUAUUGAUAAUAUUACUUGUCCUAGGUCAAAGGUACAUGUUUUAUUUGAUAUAUAUAAACCACUGGUUCCUUAUGAAGUACUCUGCAUUUCUGUGAAGCAUGGUUUCUUUUUAAAAAGAUACUUCGGUCUCAGUGGGCCUUCUCUGCAAAAAUAAACAUUUAAUAGAUUCAGACAUCUACCUAGAUCAGAUUGCAACUAUCUAAAUAUUGUUUUUAUUGUGUUCUACAUUUUGAUUACUUGUCUUUUUCUUUAACUUUGUUGAAUAGAGUAAUGUGGAAUAGAAUCAUGUUGAAUAGUCAUGUUGAAUAGAGUGAAUAGAGUCAUGUUGAAUAGAGUGAAUAGAAUCAUGUUGAAUAGAGUCAUGUUGAAUAGAAUCAUGUUGAAUAGAAUCAUGUUGAAUAGAGUGAAUAGAGUCAUGUUGAAUAGAAUCAUGUUGAAUAGAGUCAUGUUGAAUAGAAUCAUGUUGAAUAGAAUCAUGUUGAAUAGAGUGAAUAGAGUCAUGUUGAAUAGAGUCAUGUUGAAUAGAGUGAAUAGAGUCAUGUUGAAUAGAGUCAUGUUGAAUAGAAUCAUGUUGAAUAGAGUCAUGUUGAAUAGAAUCAUGUUGAAUAGAGUGAAUAGAGUCAUGUUGAAUAGAAUCAUGUUGAAUAGAAUCAUGUUGAAUAGAGUGAAUAGAGACAUGUUGAAUAGAGUCAUGUUGAAUAGAGUCAUGUUGAAUAGAGUCAUGUUGAAUAGAAUCAUGUUGAAUAGAGUGAAUAGAGUCAUGUUGAAUAGAAUCAUGUUGAAUAGAGUGAAUAGAGUCAUGUUGAAUAGAGUCAUGUUGAAUAGAAUCAUGUUGAAUAGAGUGAAUAGAGUCAUGUUGAAUAGAGUCAUGUUGAAUAGAGUCAUGUUGAAUAGAGUCAUGUUGAAUAGAAUCAUGUUGAAUAGAGUCAUGUUGAAUAGAAUCAUGUUGAAUAGAGUCAUGUUGAAUAGAAUCAUGUUGAAUGUGUUGAAUAGAAUCAUGUUGAACAGAGUCAUGUUGAAUAGAGUGAAUAGAGUCAUGUUGAAUAGAAUCAUGUUGAAUAGAGUCAUGUUUAAUAGAAUCAUGUUGAAUGUGUUGAAUAGAAUAAUGUUGAAUAGAAUCAUGUUGAAUAGAAUCAUGUUGAAUAGAAUCAUGUUGAAUGUGUUGAAUAGAAUCAUGUUGAAUGUGUUGAAUAGAAUCAUGUUGAAUAGAGUCAUGUUGAAUAGAAUCAUGUUGAAUAGAGUGAAUAGAGUCAUGUUGAAUAGAAUCAUGUUGAAUAGAAUCAUGUUGAAUAGAGUGAAUAGAGACAUGUUGAAUAGAGUCAUGUUGAAUAGAGUCAUGUUGAAUAGAGUCAUGUUGAAUAGAAUCAUGUUGAAUAGAGUGAAUAGAGUCAUGUUGAAUAGAAUCAUGUUGAAUAGAGUGAAUAGAGUCAUGUUGAAUAGAGUCAUGUUGAAUAGAAUCAUGUUGAAUAGAGUGAAUAGAGUCAUGUUGAAUAGAGUCAUGUUGAAUAGAGUCAUGUUGAAUAGAGUCAUGUUGAAUAGAAUCAUGUUGAAUAGAGUCAUGUUGAAUAGAAUCAUGUUGAAUAGAGUCAUGUUGAAUAGAAUCAUGUUGAAUGUGUUGAAUAGAAUCAUGUUGAACAGAGUCAUGUUGAAUAGAGUGAAUAGAGUCAUGUUGAAUAGAAUCAUGUUGAAUAGAGUCAUGUUUAAUAGAAUCAUGUUGAAUGUGUUGAAUAGAAUAAUGUUGAAUAGAAUCAUGUUGAAUAGAAUCAUGUUGAAUAGAAUCAUGUUGAAUGUGUUGAAUAGAAUCAUGUUGAAUGUGUUGAAUAGAAUCAUGUUGAAUAGAGUCAUGUUGAAUAGAAUCAUGUUGAAUAGAAUCAUGUUGAAUAGAGUCAUGUUGAAUAGAAUCAUGUUGAAUAGAGUCAUGUUGAAUAGAAUCAUGUUGAAUAGAAUCAUGUUGAAUGUGUUGAAUAGAAUCAUGUUGAAUGUGUUGAAUAGAAUCAUGUUGAAUAGAGUCAUGUUGAAUAGAAUCAUGUUGAAUAGAAUCAUGUUGAAUAGAGUCAUGUUGAAUAGAAUCAUGUUGAAUAGAGUCAUGUUGAAUAGAAUCAUGUUGAAUAGAAUCAUGUUGAAUGUGUUGAAUAGGAUCAUGUUGAAUAGAAUCAUGUUGAAUGUGUUGAAUAGAAUCAUGUUGAAUAGAAUCAUGUUGAAUGUGUUGAAUAGAAUCAUGUUGAAUAGAAUCAUGUUGAAUGUGUUGAAUAGAAUCAUGUUGAAUGUGUUGAAUAGAAUCAUGUUGAAUAGAGUGAAUAGUCAUGUUGAAUAGAGUGAAAAGUCAUGUUGAAUAGAUUCAUGUGGAAUAGAGUCAUGUGGAAUAGAAUCAUGUUGAAUAGAGUGAAUAGAAUCAUGUGGAAUAGAGUGAAUAGAAUCAUGUUGAAUAGAGUGAAUAGAAUCAUGUGGAAUAGAGUCAUGUUGAAUAGAGUGAAUAGAAUCAUGUGGAAUAGAGUCAUGUUGAAUAUGUUGAAUAGAGUCAUGUUGAAUAGAAUCAUGUUGAAUAGAGUCAUGUUGAAUAGAGUCAUGUGGAAUAGUCAUGUGGAAUAGAGUCAUGUUGAAUAUGUUGAAUAGAGUCACUACUCUUGUUCUCUUCUGAGACGGUGACUUCCUUUGUAGCUCAGUUGGUAGAGGAUGGUUCGAUUCCUGGGACCACCCAAACUUACAAAACAAGAUUUUAUGCACGCAUGACUGUAAGUCUCUUUGGAUAAAAGCGUCUGCUAAAUGGUAUAUUAUAUUAUAUUACUUCAUGGAUCCAUCGUUUUGCUUUCUUGGUUUGACAUGUAAAGGUUAAUCAUGAGUACAAUGUGGUCACUGUGAUUACACUGGAAUACUGUAUGCAUCAUUUAGACAUUGUUACAACUCAUGAAAUGACAACAAUCAUGUAUAAAACUAGUGACAGACUGACUAAUCAAUAAAUGUGUUGACAAUUACA